AUGAGGAGCAUCCUGUUGUUCACAGCCAUCCUGGCCUUCAGCCUGGCUUGGAGCUUUGGGGCUGUCUGUGAGGAGUCACAGGAGCAGGUGGUGCCCAGUGGGAGUCACAGCAAGAGGGACUCUGAUCUCUACCAGCUGCCUCUGUCCUUACUGCGAAGACUCUAUGACAGCCGCUCAGUCUCUCUGGAAGAAUUGCUGAAAGUGCUGAGCAAGGCUAGCAUGGAUCCUAAGGAACUGUCACUUCCCCAAAAACGUGACAUGCAUGAUUUCUUUGUGGGACUUAUGGGCAAGAGGAGCAGCCAACCAGACACUCCUACCGAUGGGAAUGAAGAAAACAUCCCCAGCUUCGGCACCCUUAAGUAUCCCCCCAGUGCAGAAUGAGGUAAGCACUGUUGGCAGGAGAGAGGGGAGGAGACUUUGUGUGUUUGCU